AUGGAUGGAGAUGUUGUAAAGGAGCGCACGAAAGCAGCAAGUGACGAGCAUGGACAGAGGUUCGCCGCUCGGAAGUUGAUCAAGAUGGAUUGUGAUUCCGUGUGGCCCAAGCACGAUUUCGGGCGGGAAAAAGAAGCUCAGAAGAACGGAUUAUGCGGGCCGAAGCACGCGUUCGAGGAGGAUGGAAGAAGGAUUUACGGCGAAAAUUUGGAGGAGAGUGCGAAAAUUUGGAGGAAAGGGAGAGAAAAAAAAGAGAGGAAAAGGUGGAGGAAGGAUGUGCCGUCGGAGGGGGGUUCGCUCGCCGACGAAGGCCACCGUCGCCGUCCAUCGCCCACCAUCUCCAGCGCCAUCGCCCUGCUCAACAGGGGCGGAGGCAUCAACCCCUCCGUCCUCCUCGCCCUCUCCGUGGCCGCCAUGUUCGCUUCUUCGUCCUUGCCACUACAAUGGUCUUUGGACUCUAUCGUCCUCAACCCGAGGGUCGAGUUCAGGUCGAUUCUUUUUACUGCCCUCUUGACCUUUCUCGUCCUCAUCAUCGCCUAUCUCACAAACCCGUCCGAGGCUUCCUUCCGGUCCUACCUCACCGAACAGUGUUUUCGUCACCACCUCUCCCGCCUCGACGACUCCACCGACGGCGACCACUCCGACUCUGAAGACUCGGGCGUACACUACUCCCUCUCUUCCUCCUCACACGACUCCUCGCACUCCGGCCAGCAAUCCUCGCGCUCGCACCAUAUCGACUCUCCUUCUUCAUUUCAUUUUUCGUCCCGCGCUUCGGUAGCGCUCAGGACGCCUAAACACGCCUUUCACAGUUUCGCAUUUUUCACCAUCGCCGCCGUCAUCCCGAACCCGAAGCCGUCUUCUACUCGCGCCUCAUCCGCCUCAAACACCGAUUCCGCAGCCGCUGAUCAUGAAGGGGGAUCCCCCGCCCCAAAGGAGACCUGGUUUCUGGGCGCUUUCGGUCGCUGGUGGCGCGGCGGCGUCGUCGUAGAGCCCACCUGGCCACGGUCGCGCUCACUCAGGGCAAAGUGCCACGAAGAGGGCUGGAGCUCUGGGAUCCUCAACGUGAAAGCGCUCGACAAGCUGGAUGGCUACAGUGUAGGUCUCCCAUUUCCAACCACGACCAGCACGAGUUCCCCUCGUUCGUCGCCACGCACAUCGCCUCCCAGACUCCGCGCGCGGGAUCGAUCUGCACCGGUCAACGGCCACAAUAAUAAUCAUAACAACCACAGUAACAGCAAUAACAGUCAGCCAUCACAAACACAAACACAAACACAGCCAGCACGGAGCUCCAGUCCGCCUCCACUCCCAAAGUCCGCGACGUUGCCGCUGCACACGCCACGUCACGGUCACAAUCCCUCCAACAGCUCGAACCAUCAUAACAGCAAUAACGCCACCAAUGCUUCCCAAGCCUCCAAUUCUCACAACAAGCUUCCGCCACCAUCAUCGUCUCAUGUCCCUCAAUCGUCUCAGCUUCCUCCCGCUCCUUCAUUAUCCUCAUCCUUAUCCUCCCCAUCCACCACAGCCCAUCUCUCCCACACCCACACCCCAAACUUCGUCCUAAACCCAAACCUAAACGCCCUCUCCCCCUUCGACUUUGAAUCCACACCCGCCAUCUCCUCCAUCCUCUCCCUCAUCGCACAGACCCACCUCUCCAACACCGACCUCCGCGCGCAACUCGCUGAUUCGGCAUCGUCCGCCGCUGCGUCCGAUCGUUUGUUGAACGCGGAACUCGAUGCUGCGCGAGAGGCGAAGAGGACGGAGGAUGGGGUGAGGGGGGAGAUGAAAGGGAGGAUGAAGGGGUUGGAGGAUGCGAGGAGGACGGCGGAAGGGGGACGGAGGGAGGCGGAGAGGAGGUUGAGGGUUGAGAGGACACGAUUGGGAGAAGCGAGGACGAGGAUUGGGAAGUUGGAAGAUGAAAUCAGGGAGCUAGAGGCGGGCAUGCAGGCCGAUGCACGGCGCAUGGGAGAAUGUGCAGAGCAGGGAGAGAGGGAGGAAGCACAGAUUAAGGAGAGGGUGGAGAGGAGGCGGAGGGAGUGUAAAGUCGCGGAGGAGGUCGUCGCGGCGUUGGGUGUACGGGCGAGAGAGUUGGAAGAGGAGAUUGCGAGGGAGAGGGAGAGGGUCGGACAGGCGAAGGACAGAGCGGAGAUGAUGAGGCAGGACCGAAGUUUUUUGUCGGCUACGGUUGUGAAGAGUCAGGGCACGCUGCAGGAAAGCUGGGAAGCACCGACGACGAAGGAACAAAGCCCGAAACGAAUCGCGGAGACACAGACACAGACACAGACACAAACGGGUUUCUCGAUCCCUACGCUCCUCGAGAAAGAACACCAUCAGCAUCAUAGUCACAGUCCCAGUCGAUCCGGCAGCUCUGGUUCGGGAACUAGGAAUGGCAGCACUCGUGGUGUUUCUGCUUCGCCCAGCCGUCCACAACCGCUUCACCUCGGACCUAUCUCGAAUCUUGGCCUUGGAUACAGCAGCAGCAGCAGCACGACGUUUUCGCCGUUUGGGGAUCAGACUCAGGUCGCAGACGAGAAGGUGAAGGAGGACGAUAGUCUUGAUUUCGAUUUUAGGUUCAAUCAUCCACAGAGCGCACCUGGACUCUCGCUCCCCAUGCCCAUCCCUAUCCCGCUCUCCUCGUCUUCCAGCCGUCCCACGACUCACAACGGAGUCGGAGUAGGAGGAGGAGGUGGAGGAGGUGGUGGUGGUAGUGUCGGUAGUACGGGAAGUGAGAGUGCGUUCUCGGCACCUGCGACGGCGUUGAUCUCGAGUAGUCUGAUUAGGUCUUUGGAGGGGCCGUUGUCGUUGGGUUCGGUGGAAGGGCCGGGUGGGUUGUCGUCGAGUGAGUCGCAGCCGGCGAUGGCGAUGGCGAUGGGGGAUAUCAUGCUUUCGAAAUCAUUUCAGUCGGAGGAUGAUGUGUUUCUGGAGAGGGAUUGGAGGAGGGGGGAUGGGGGGUCGCAUGGGUCGCCUGGCACUGGGACGACGGCGAUCAAUGCGUCGCCGGUGUCGAUUAACGCGUCGGCGAAUAGUGAUGGGAGGAAAGCUGGAGACGGAGACGCAGAUGGGGAGGUCGAGGGCGGUGAGGAAGAGAGGGAUGGUGCGGGUGAGGACGAUGUGGGGAGGGGUGAGGAAGAGGAGGAAUACGAUCCGUUUGAGAUUAGGCCUCCGCCGGCUGCUGUCCAGGCGUUUAACCAGCAGCGUUAUGGGCCUCUUCCUCUUCCUUUGCCACUUCCUCUCCCACUGCCACUUCCGCACUCUGCGCCACUGCCAUUGCCCAGUCCGAACCAGAUCCCGAACACGAACACGAGCCAGAUCCCGAGACAGAGACUUAUUUCGGAUCCGUUGGAUGUGCAGAGGGUUUGGCAGGGACAGGGACAUGGGUUACCGUCGAGGACGCAGUCGGACCCGCCGCAUGUUGCUGUUAUGCAAGCGCUGGCUGCUAUUGGCCACAGUAACAGUAACAACACCAACGAUAACGGCAACUCAUCCUCGGGCGGUGUUUCCUCGAACGGCGGAGACGACAAGGCUGGCGGGAAAGACGUGAAAGGCAGACGGUGGUUCUCUGCGUCUUCUUCUGCACCUUUUUUCGACAGCAAGGAGAAAGACAAGAGCUUCGACAAGGACAAGGAGAGGGACCCCGCCGCGUCGUCGAAGGAGAAGAAAGGACUCAAUCCGGACGCGAAGGUGUUCAAGCUGCCAUUCACCAGUCGUCCGCAUCAGCAUCAGCAGAGUCUGCAGAUGCAGUCGGCGCCGGCGUUCGAGACGGCGUUUUCGGCUUCGCUUGGCGUGCCGACGAUGUCGGUGUCGGACGGGUUCUUGCCUUUGCCUACCUCGCCGGGCCAUACGCAUGCGCACGCUCAUGGUCAUGGUCAUGGACAUACUCUUGCCCAGGCAUUCAACUUCCACCACGCUCAUUCGAACCAUCAUAAUCAUCACCAUACCGUGCACAACCACAACGCGACGGCUUCGCUCCCCUCGGCCACUGCUCUCGGGCUCGGCCUGGCUCCCUCUUCAUCUGCGACGACGAAUACUACAAGUACGAGCACGAGCACGAACGCGUCCUCGCUCUUCUCGGGUGCGUUCGCGCCUAGUCCGGAAGAGAGGGAGGCGCUGAAGCGUGCGCUUGGCGGGUCGACGAAUACGAGUUUGGAGAGGUUACCGAGUCUGAGCGAGGUUGGGGUUGGGAGCAAGGGCGGCGGUGGGAUGAAUAUUGCGGUUGGGGGGAGUGAAGGGAUGGGGAUUGGGAUUGGGAUGAGGGGGAGGAAGAAUUGGAGUAUGGGUGGGAGUGGGGAUAGGAAUGGGGGGAAGAAUUGGUUGAUGGGUCUGAGGGGGAUUGGCAUGGGCCAUGGACAUGCGAAUGGACAUGGGUCUGCGAGCGUCAGCGUCAGUGCGGGCGCGGGUAAGAUGACUUUUAGUCCGUGGGGAGACGAUGACGACGAGGAUGGGGAUAGUGAAGGGAAGGAGGAGGCGAAGGUGGAAGAGGUGAAGGUGGAGGAGAUCAAGGAGUCAUUCGUCAACGUCUACGACUCGUCGCUGGGAGGUGUGGUGCGGUGUGGUGUGGCUGGGAGAAGGAUAGGGGGAGAGAGGGGAGGGGGUGAAAGGAAGAAGAAGCAUAAGAAGGGAAAGGCCGCAGCACCCGAUGCUGCGAGCUUCCUGGGCUUGAAGGUGGGUCGGUUUAGACUGCGCGGAGACGUGAGGUGGGUGCAUAACGCUAAUGGGUCGCCAUUGACAAGAGCUUGGGAAGGCUUGAAUCGCUCCAAGGCCGAAUGA